UCGUCUAGCAGGUCUAUGUGCUAGCAGGUCUAUGUGCUAGCAGGUCUAUGUGCUAGCAGGUCUAUGUGGGGCACUUGGUGGAUGAGUUCCGCCCGUUUCGCGCAGAGCGUGGCUGUUGUGAGGACGUGCUUUGCCCAAGCAGCGAUAUACUGCUCGGUCCUAUCUCGAGGCCUUUGCUUGAGAGUCGCAAUAGAAGCUUCGGUAUCGACGCACAAAUCUGGUGCUUGGCUGGUACUUUGGAUUCCAGCUCAGUCCGCAUCUCGUCAGUCAUGAGGAAAUCACGAGCGGCAGUGGAUAUGGCAUAGAGUAGAGACUGAACCAGACCCUGCUGCGACUUUUGCAUGCUUGAUCCAGCGCUCCGGAAGAAGGAGGCUAAUACUACCUGGAUGUCGUCUGGCUUGGGUUGUGAUGAUGCAGCUGGAGAGGGGCGGAUCGGCGACGGCCCAGUCGAUGGUGGACCGAAUGACUGUAGUCCAAUUGAAGGUGGAUCGAACGAUGUUGGGCCAGUUGCUGGUCAAACAAUGUUGGGCGAGUUGCUGGCACGAUCCGGCGCUCGCAAGUCAUCAGCCCAUUGCUCCAAGCCAUUUCUCGUGAGUUGGCUAUCCGAGAUGUACUUCACGAGCAUUGAUUUCCCAACCCUGGUUUGCCAGACACCCAGAAAAGGUCCUUUCCGCGACACAGCCACUGCAAGUAACGCGAUUUUCGAUUACAACACCGCAUCAGCCCUUCUACCCUCGAAAGCUUCAGCCUCGUGCGGCACGGAACCUCUGGAUUCGUGGCAUGCAGCUCGCAGCUACUACAUCCUCACUGAAAGCAGCGGCAAGGGGUCAUGUGUACCAUCGUGGAGUUUUAUUGGCGUGACGUGCACAGUCCUAAAGAGCAGUGUUGAGAUGAUGCAGAUUGUCGCUGGACCGUGCAGGUGGGCUUGCAGUUAGGAAGGCGCCACUGGCGCCACUGGCAACGAGGUCAAGCAGGGCAAGCGGGGCGAGCGGGGCGAGCAGGGCAAG